CAGGUCACACGGGUCUGCGGAUCCAAAAGUCACAAUGUGAACUCUUUUUUGGACCGGCGAUGUGCGAUGUACCGAUGAGGCUUCUCUCUCUCUCUCUCGUGCUUCACGGAAGAUACGAGAUUCACGCACUCAUUGUGACGACAGACUUGAUAACAUGGGAAUAUUCUACGUAAGAUAUAUAAGUCCGACAGGAGUGCGGAUCGAAGCCCUAUACAUACAAUGUCACUACCAACCCCCCAAGGUGUCACAUCAUUGACAUUUAAGCCUCCUCCACUAGACGGGUCGUUAACAUUCCCAGAACUAUUCGACUACAAUGCUACUCACAGUCCCAAACAUCCUUUAUUUCGUUACGACGAUCUUGAUAAUGGUGGAUUUCGUACUAUCCUUUGGGAGGAAGGAGUUGCCGCCUUCCACACCGCUGGCCAUUAUUUCAAGAAGUAUAUUCAUGGCGAUGCUCCCAUCACCGUUGGUAUCUUAGCCAAUACCAAUUCAAUCACAUACUUCGCUGUAUUGGCGGGCUUGAUGCGUCUCGGGUUCAUUCCUUUCCCCAUCUCAAUCCGUAACUCAGUCGUUGCUAUUGUCCAUCUCAUGAAAUCCUCGGGCGCCAGUCAUCUGAUUAUCAGCCAGGAUGUAUCCUUACGAAAUACGGCAAAUAUGGUCGGCCGGCAGUUCUGGGAAGCUGACAUCAACGAUAAGAUCACCAUCAUACCAUUACCACAUUUCAGCGACCUUUUUUCUGUGAAACCUGGGGAAUACGAUCCGCUUCCUCCUGUUCGCCCUGCCUGGUCACAAACGGCGCUGAUCAUACAUUCUUCAGGAUCGACUCGUUUUCCUAGUCCCAUUCAUACCACCCACAAGAAUGCAUUGCGGAAUGCCUCGAGACCAUACUAUGGAGAAAUGGACGUGUGCGGGGAAGUGUUUGGAGUACAGGCAAUGCCGAUGUACCACGCGAUGGGCUUUCUUUCGGUCUCCCUUUCGACCGCAACUGGUGCUAUUAUCGUAUCCUUUCCGCCGAUAUAUCCGCCUUUGAUUCCCACCGCUGAACGUUUUCUAUCGAGCAUAAUCGACACUAAGACGACUUUAGUUGUCACUGUGCCCUCAUUCUUGGUGGAGUGGGCUCGUGAUCCCAAGGCCAUCGAGGCUCUGAAAUCCACAACUGCAGUGAUGUACGGUGGCGGACCUCUCGAGAAGGAUGCUGGUGACAUCCUUGUCGCCAAUGGUAUCUUAGUUAUAUCCAUCUAUGGACUCACCGAGAGCGGAGUCUCCAUGGUCUUCCCCAGGAGUAUUCCGGCGGAAGGAUGGGGGUGGAUGAAGGUAGGGAGCUAUGUCGACGCUGUUUUUAUGCCGACAGAUGAGAAGGACAUUUAUCGUCUCUACGUCAAAGAAAGUCUCCAUCACUCGCCUGCAGUCUUAGACGCCGAAAUCGAUGGAGUCAGGGCUCUUGACACGAAGGACUUAGUGCAAUUGCAUUCUUCAAAUCGGGAACUGUUCAAGGUUUAUGGACGGGCUGAUGACCAAAUCAUGCACAGCACAGGGGAGAAGACAAACCCUGUCCCAAUUGAGGCUGGUUUAACCACAGACAAGCGUAUAACAGCAGCCUUGAUGUUCGGUCGGUCUAAAUUUCAACCAGGCGUCCUCAUCCUACCGGCGCCGGAGGAAGUAUUUGACCCAAGUGACACUACCCGACUUGCAAAAUAUCGAGCCAGCAUAUGUAAUACUGUCACGAAAGUUAAUGAGCAAGCACCGCAGCACUCUCGGAUUUACAAGGAGAUGAUUCUCGUCGCAAAACCGUCGAAGCCUUUCGAAUUCACUGCAAAAGGAACCCUGCAACGGAAGGCUAUCUUGAAAGCAUACGAGCAAGAAAUAGAAGAUCUGUACAAGGCCAUCGACGACGUAUCACAAGCGGACGUUGUUAUACCGCAGCUAUGGACUCUUAAGAACGUCAUGACUAUGAUGAGGAACAUUGUCACAGCUAUCUUGGAGCAAAAAAUAGGCGACUCAGACGAUAUAUUUGUCGCUGGAGGUGAUAGCCUUACAGCGAUGUCUAUCCGAAACUCACUUCUUCGUGCGCUUCGCAAGUCAAAAGUAGUCCCUGUGGUCGUCAUCAGAGCUCUUCCACCGAACUUCGUCUUUGAUCUUCCUUCUAUCGCUGUUAUGAGUGCUUUCAUCCACGGAAUCGUACUGGGUGCACCUGCUUCACCUGCAGCUGAAGUAUCUACCAGAAGCGGCGAGGUCGAUGAAGCUGCGCAUCGUGAAGUCGAUCCUUCCCCUGAUCGGAGUCAAAACGUUGUCAAAUUACGAGACGGUGCUGGCGAACCACCCUUGAUUGUCAUCCAUGGUGCUGGAGGAGUAUACUUUGAGUAUGCAUCUUAUGCCGAUAAGUUCAGGACUGCAGUUUGGACUUUGACCAUUACACCCGAAACCCCCCUGAAUUCGCUACCCGAGCUGGCGUCUUUCUAUUUUGCGAAGAUCAAAGCGGAAAGGCCUCAUGGCCCCUACCGCUUUGCAUCCUACUCUUCAUCCAGCCUCCUGCUUGUCGUCCUUCUGAAAAUCUUUGAGGACAAUGGGGACGAGGUUGCUCAAGCUGUCAUGCUCGAUCACUUUCCAGCAAUGUUCGUGCACUCAGCCAACAGGUUUGGGAAUCCUGACCCAAGGGUUCCGGAGAAUAUUCGGAACAUGCUCGACAUGGGCAUGAGUGCCAUCGAAGGACUGAUGGACCGGGACUCUAACCGCGACACACUUCAGCGGGCGAAGAACCUUCUUUUGGAUGGCUGGAAGGGCGUUUACGCUAACGAUAUCAUACGGAACGCUAUCCGCAAUAUUAAAGGAUUUCUUACUGCUAACUCCGAGUUUGUAUACGAUUUGGCCACGGACGAGACGGGCUUGUCUUCCAUUGAAUUGAUGGCGCAGUGGAUGAGGACCGUAAAAGUGCCGAUAACGGUGGUUGUCGCGCCUGAAGGAGCAUUGGGGGCCGUUCCCGAAGAAGAUAGAACAUCCUGGACCGAUCUGGGCACAAAGCGAUGCCUCCCUGGUGCACGAGUCGUUUUCGUUAAGGGAGGUCAUUACGAGUUCCUGACAAACGAAGUUGUCCUACAGCUAUUGCAAGAAGGCUACUAAACAUUUUCUUGAACAUUUCCAGUCAGCGUGCAU